AUGGCAGAGAUGUCACCGAGCACGGCAGCAGCGGUGCAGGGCACGUACACAGUGCAAGGGGUGGAGACGUGUGGUGCCAUCUACGGCUUCAUCGGCCUCACCCAGGAGCAGUUCCUUGCACAGAAUGAGGGAGUGGACUGCAACAAUCUCAAGGCGGGUCAGGUGCUCAACAUCUCCAUCCCCUCCUCGGCUCAAGUGUGCCGCGUGCGCUACACUGUCACCCAGGUGCGUUACAUGUCACCCAGGUGCGUUACACGUGUGCUACCAUGUCAUCCAGGUGCGUUACAUGUGUGCUACUAUGUCAUCCAGGCGGACGCAGCAGCAAGGAGCUGUGACCUCAUCAAUAAUCGCUUUGGCAUAGACGUCGCCACCAUCAACCCCAGCCUCGAUUGCUCAAGCCUCGUGCCCAACCAGCAGAUCUGCAUUCAGGUGGGGGACACGAUCUGCAUUCAGGUGGGGGACACGAUCUGCAUUCAGGUGGGGGACACGGUGUCAGGAGCAGCGACUACAACCUGUGCACGAGCUAUGUGGCCACCAAUCUGCAUCCAGGUGGGCGAUGCGGUGUCGGGAGCAGCGGACUACAACCUGUGCACGAGCUACCUGCCGGUCAACGAGUGGGUCACGUGUGCCAACGCUGUGGAUUGGUACGGCCUCUCCUGGCUCGACCUCUACCGCUUCAACCCCGGCAUCAACUGCGACACGCUCACAGCACUCACCGCCUCCGAGAUCUGCAUCGCCGGCACGCCGUUGGGAGCGGUGGCGUGCGGUAAGGCGCGGUCGAAGACGGUGGCGAACCGGCGGUACACGGUGGGGGCGGGGGACAGCUGUGCGUCGCUGGUGGUGGUGCAGUUCCAGCGCCAGCCGCCGCUUGUGGGCCAGCUCAACCGCGGCUGGAUGUGCCGCUCCCAGAGCCUCUUCGCCGGCAUGCCCCUCUGCAUCCCCUCUUAG